AGACCUUUGGUGAUGGCAACUUCCUCCACUGAUGAAGAUCAGCAACUUAUUUAUAAUCCAAUUUUAUAGAGUUGCUUUAGGGGCACUGAGAAAUUCUGUGACUUGUCCCUGGUAACAAAGAUUAACUUUCUAUUUUAGAUUUAAUGUUCUUUUGAAAGAAAACAAAUCAAGUUCCUUUACACCGAUUCUGGACAUUCUGCCAAUGUUUUUCAAAUUAUUAAUUUAAUUUGAAUAUCAUCAUGGGAGGAGCUGUAAGUGCUGGGGAAGACAGUGAUAAUUUAAUUGACAACUUAAAAGAAGCUCACUAUAUUCGUACUGAAAGAGUGGAGCAAGCAUUUCAAGCUAUUGAUAGAGGAGAUUACUAUUUGGAAGGCUAUAGAGACAGUGCUUAUAAAGACUUAGCUUGGAAGCAUGGAAACAUCCAUUUAUCAGCACCUUGCAUUUAUUCUGAAGUAAUGGAGGCAUUGAAACUUCAACCAGGAUUGUCUUUUCUUAAUCUGGGAAGUGGAACCGGAUAUUUGAGUAGAAUGGUAGGCUUAAUUUUAGGUCCUUUUGGAAUAAAUCAUGGAAUUGAACUUCACUCAGAUGUGGUGGAAUAUGCCAAGGAAAAACUCGAGAUCUUCAUCAAAAAUAGUGAUAGUUUUGACAAAUUUGAGUUCUGUGAACCAGCAUUUGUGGCAGGUAACUGCCUUGAGAUAGCAUCCGAUAGCCAUCAGUAUGACCGGAUUUAUUGUGGAGCUGGUGUCCAGAAAGACCAUGAAAACUACAUGAAAAUAUUAUUGAAAGUGGGAGGUAUUCUAGUCAUGCCUAUAGAAGAUCAGUUAACUCAAAUUAUGCAAACUGGACAGAAUACUUGGGAAAGGAAAAGCAUCCUUGCUGUUUCUUUCACUCCAUUAAUACAACCAAAUAGAAAUGACAAUAGCAAACCAGAUUCAGUGGGAUUACCUCCUUGUGCUGUCAGGAAUCUUCAAGGCUUGGUUUGGAUUUAUAUUCGACAUACACUUAGAAACUUCAUAAAUGAUGAGAUGCAAGCCAAGGGUAUUUCUCAGAGGGCUCCUCCCAAAAGAAAAAGGAAGAGCGUUAAACAAAGAAUCAAUGCAUAUGUGUUUGUAGGCAAUCAACUUAUUCCUCAGCCUCUAGACAGUGAGGAUGAUGAAAAAAUGGAAGAAGACCACAAAGAAGAGGAAGAGAAAGACCAGGGUGAAACCUUGAAGCCAGAGGAACCCCCUCAGAAUCUAUUGAGAGGGAAAAUCAUGUGAAUACCCCUGCCAGAGUCUUUAAAAGUGUAUUUGACCUA